AUGGAAAAUCAUGUCGGGGAACGAACAGUCAAUAUAUUUGGCAAAGUUUUCCCGCGCGACGCCUUCAUUUGUCGCCUAUUUUAUCUCACAUUUUUCGCAAGUUUCGGUAGUCUUUUCCCGCUUCUCGCCGUCUAUUUCAAACAAUUGGGAAUGACAGCUGCACAAGCAGGAUUUUUGAUCGGUGCGAGACCAAUUGUCGAAUUCCUUUCGGGACCAUUCUGGAGUCAAUUCGCUAGUCGAUUUAGGUGAGAAAAAUUAUAUUGACGUCAGAAGUAUCAAAUUACCCCCCAUUCUUUUUUCAGAAAACAAAAGCUUCUUUUACUCUUUUCUCUUGGUUCUCUAAUCGUAUUUACAUUGGCAAUUGGUUUAGUUCAACCAGUCACACCAUAUUGUAUUGUAUAUGUGCCUGAAGGUAAACCAUCAUGUCGAACAAUGUUAGCACCGGCUGGAAAAAUUAUUCGAGGUGGAGCAUUGGGAAUGUUAAAAGCUGCUGUUGUUGGAGGAAAUGAGGCUGGAAAUAGUGGAAAACAACGACAGAAACGACAACAAUCACGUGAGUUGUUUUAACCUUGUAAUUAUAGCUAUGACAUAGAAAUGAUAAUCUAAACUCAUGACUUUCUAAUUAUUGGUUUAGAAUUUGACGUCAAAGUUUGCAUAAAUUAUAGGAUUCCUUUGAGGAAUUUUUGAUUUCCAGCACUCGUCGAAAAAUUCAUCGACCUGAGUUCAUACGAAAGCAAAGACGAUAUUACCGCUGGAAUUGCACCCGAAUAUAUCACCAAAGAAUUGGUGUGUAAUUACAAUGAGGAAACGUAUGGUAUUUUGGUGUCUCCACCACAUUCAACUCGAGUUUAUCGACAACCAGCUGUUGAACAAUCAUUUAUGUUGUUGUUGAUUUUGGUUUGCUUGGGAGAGUUUUUCUCGUCGCCUGCGCUGGCAUUGGCUGAUGCGGCUACGUUGAAUUCGGUGAAAGGUGAGUUGGAGGAACGGGGAAAUGUGGUGAAAAAACUAAAAUUCGGAUGAAAAUAUGAUUCACGAAUUCCAUGUGGCAACUCAAAAAAAAACCCAAGCUUCCAUUUUGCAGACACACCUCAAGAAUUCGGAAAAAUCCGCCUAAUGGCUUCUGUUGGUUGGGGUUUGGCUAUGUUUGUAAUGGGAGUCGGGUUGGAUUAUUCGGACACUUUCCGAAAUCAUCCGUGUCCUGCGGAAAAUACAACCGAGAAGAACUAUACACUGUGUUUUGUGAUGAGUGUGAUUUUUAUGUGCACCGCGAUGGCGUUGGCUACAAAACUGAAAUUCGAUGAUGACGUGGCACAACCGGGUGAUGUUCAUGGUUUGGUUAUGGAUACGAGAGAAGCCGAGGUGUCACAUGUGGUGGCUGAGAAAGCGAGAGCUAGACAUAUGCAGGUUGGUUGGAGAGAGUAUUCUAGAGGGAUGGGAUUUGAGCAAAAUGUACACUGCAAAAGUCCCCCAGAUAUUUCUCACAACACCGGACUUCCAUGAAGUCCACCUAAUUCUGUUUUUACACAGCCUUUUGAAUUGCCUUUCCAUAUGACAACCCAAUCACAAGUCUAAUCCAUAUCCAAUAAUUCCAGUCCGAAGGUGGUGGUGAGAAUACAUUAUGGAUAGCAAUGAAAUCACUCGCCAGUGUCCAUCUUCUUCUUUUCUUCAUUUCUGUUGUUGUAAUGGGUGGCGGAGCUGGUCUCGUCUUCUCAUUUCUCUAUUGGCAUCUUCAAGAUCUCGGAGGUUCUCCAGUUCUUUUUGGUAUUCUUUCAGUCGUCAAUCAUGUCUCCGAAAUUAUCACUUAUUUCUACACAUUCCGACUUAUCAAUAAGGUUUGUCCCUUUAUUUUUCCGAUUUCCUAAUAUUAUCUUGAAUAUUUUCAGUAUGGCCACGUUCGCGUAAUGUAUUUAUGUUUGGCAGUCAAUGUUUUCCGUUUCUUGGCUCUUUCAGUUAUCACAAAUCCAUGGAUGGUUUUACCGCUUCAAGUUUUGCAAGGAUGUUGUUUGGCGACAGUUUGGACUUGUGCCUCUUCUUAUAUUUCAUUGGUUGCUCCACCAAAUGCUAAACAACAUGCACAAUAUGCACUUCAAGUUGGAUAUCAUGGAUUGGGAAAAGGUGAGAGACAUAGGGGUAUGACGUGGCAAAAAUUGUCACUUUUCAAAUGUUAAAAUUCGUAGACUUCUAAAAAAAAUAAACUGUCAAGAUUCUCGAUUUUAUUCACUCAAAAAUUUCCAAUUCUUUUUUUUUCUAGGAAUCGGAAGUAUCGUUGGUGGAUCUGUGAUCUCAGUAAUCGGCUCCCGUUCAACAUUCGUUCUCUACGCUCUAAUUUGUCUAGUCACAUGCGCUGGUAGUUUCGGUCUCAACAAACUCUUCAAAUACGAAGGAAUCAAAUACGGAACCGGAAAUUUCGAAGAAGAGGAUAUGGAUUUCAUGGCACCGCAAGGAGUUCCAAUGGCCCGCGAUGGUAAAUUAACCGAUGCAUUCAAUUCGAAUACUGUAGUCAAUUCAAAUUACGGCGCAAUUAGUCAAGAAGAUCCAACACAAGACGCAUAUGAUAGAUAUGUUAGCACAACUCGUUAA